CAUGGUAGACUAAGUAAGGGACACAGCCCGCGCUGGUGCUAAGGGCUUCGGAGCCGAAACCAAGAAGAUGCUUGUGCGUUUCGAAGCCUCGACGUAUAUGUACCAGCACCCUCCAGACGCACUCGUGUUACAAUUACUACCCCGGGAUGCUACCUUUUCGCACUUUCAGUAUUUUAUCGCCUACAUGCACUCUGUUAGCGAUGCUUGCAAGUGCCGGGCCUGUGCCCUUAUGUCGCCGUCGACGGCCAAGCAGUAAUACGUGGCUCGCUAAUCAGCACGUAGUAGUACAUGGAGACGCUAUAAUCGUCAAGAAUCCGCGGCGAGCUCGGCGUCCGGCGAUUUGCAAUGGGGGCCGGGCGGGCGACAUAGGAGAACUGUGCCUAGCAGAGACCGCGAGACCAUCAUCUUGUUGGUUAAGCGCUUUACGGACUGAUCUACAAUUCUAGAACAGGGCAUGCCAAGACGCGGCUGGCCGUGGGCCUAUCCAAGGAACCUGGCCCUCGCCUUUUACGACCGAACCUAUCAAGGCCUACUUCGCUA